AAUAGAGGGCCCUUUGUGGCUGACGGGAUGCCUUGCCAUGGCCUUGAGCGCUGCCAACUGCGGCGGCCGCGUGGUCACGCGGCGCGGUGGCGGUGGUCUUCUCGGCCGCGCUCUUGCUUCCCGGUUGCUGUGCACGGCCACCCCGACGCCGCAGCAAAUCUCCCACUACCUCGCGCACCAGCCGCGGGCGACCUGGGAGGCGCUCUCCGCCACCUUACCCGCCGCCGCCGCCGGCCUGGGGCCCCACGGCCAUGUCGACGCCGUGCUCCUCUCCCUCGCUAGGCACCCCCACGCCUCCCCCGAGCCCGUCGCCAAGAACGCCCUCACCUUCUUCCACUGGUCCGCAGCCGCCGCCGCCGCCGCCUCCUCCCCGUCAUCUUCCCACUCCCUCCGCUCCUAUUGCCUCCUCGUCCACCUCCUCUCCCGUGCCGCGCUCUUCCGCGACGCGUCCGUGCUGCUCGAGGCCGCCAUCGCCAAGCACUCGUCGUCUUCAUCCCCCGUCUCGUCCUUCAUCGACGCCUUCUUCGCCGCCUACGAGGACAGCGGCACGGCGGCCACGACCCGCGGUCUCCACCUCCUGGUGCACGCCUACGCGCGGCUACGCCUCCCGAGGGAGGCCCUCGAGGCCUGCCGCUACCUCGGGCAGCGCGGCGUCCUCCCCUCCCUCUCCGCCUUCAACGCCGCGCUGCAGUCAGCGCAGCGCGCCAGGACGUUCGAUGUCGCAUGGGAGGUGUUCGAGCUAAUGACGCAGAAGCGGGUGUAUGCGAACCAGAGCACCGUUGAGCUCGUCAUCGGCGUCCUGAGCCGGGAAGGCAAGCUCGCCAGGACCGCGGCGCUCGUGGAGAGGAUCCACGGCAAGAAGUGUGCGCCCGGCAUCGUGGCGCACGUGGCACUUGCCCUUAGGAUGAUCGAGGAUGUGAGGGUGGAGCAAGUCAUCUUGCUGCUGAAGAGGAUGCUUCAGAAGAACAUUCUGCUUGACGACAUUGCUUACUCACUAAUCGUGCAUGCUUACUGCCACGCUGGUGAUCUGAAGUCGGCAGUUGAGCAACGUGAUGACAUGGUUCGUCGAGGUUGUCGCCUGAAUGCAUUCGUGUACACUUGCCUCAUCAGAUCACAUUGCUGCAAUGGCAGUAUGGACAAGGCUGUCCAGUUUCUCCAAGAAAUGGUAUCCAUGGGAUUGAAGCCGUAUGAUGCUACGUACAGCCAUCUCAUUGCCGGGUGUUUCAGACAAGGGAUGGUUGAGAAAGGGUUGGCCUACUUUGACACAAUGCUCCAUGAAGGUUUUUUGCCAGAUAUCAGCUAUUGCAACGAUAUGUUAGGGGGUCUCAGCAACGCAGGAGUGGUUCGCAAGGCGAAUGACCUGCUGACGGCACUGAUGGACAAAGGACUUGUUCCUGACAAGGACACAUACCAGAGACUUAUUGAUGGAUAUGGCAAGGCUGGUGAUGCAGAAGGUAUUGUCAAGAUCUACCACGAGAUGGAGCACAGAGGGCUUAGUUCUGGUGUUGACGUUUUUACCACCUUGAUCAGGGGCCUUUGCCAGUGUGGAAAUCUGAAGGAAGCUGAGAAGUUUUUGGUGGUGAUGAAGAAGAAAGCAGUGGCUCCAACUAAUGACUCAUAUGACUUGUUGAUCAGCAGCUACUGCGAGAAGGGUAACACUAAAAGGGCACUUUGGUUGUAUGAUAUGAUGAUCUCAGAGAAUGAGAAGCUUGUCCCCUCUGCUGACUCUUUUAUGAUGUUGGUGAGGAGAGUCAUCAAAGUAAAGAAUUCUUGUCCCCCUAAUAGCUGACCAUGUCAUUAGAUCUUUGGAGGGCGGGAAUUGACCGGCGGGAAAGCUAAAAGGGAUACAAGAAAAGUGCUGUACGUCUGAAACCCAAACUGGACGCCCGUUCCACAGGCCCCGAUGGUGAGGUCUUGCUUGUCACGGCGUUCUGGGCAGAUCACUGGCUCGUCUGGCUCAGUUCAUGCCGGCCUUGCACUCCCACUGUCCCACGCAACGACGGGUAGCAUCAGUGUGGCGGAUGCUUAUCAGUCGCGCACCUGGGACCUUCAUCUUCAGCCCAGGCUUACCUCCACUGCGGCAUGCGAGCUUCAGCUCCUCCUCCACGCCCUGGAACUGGUCCGGCUAAGCUCUGCAUAUGCUGAUCGUCGCGCCAUCUGCUGCUUAACACCCGGAGUAUCUACGUCACCUCCUGUGAUCAUCUGCCCGACGCAUGACCAUGCCAAGGAACUACGGGCAACCGCGGCUCCUCCGAAAUGCCGCCACUUCCUUUGGUUACUGCACAGGGAGCGCCUGCCCACCAGAGACCUACUCCAUCGCCGGCACAUUGCUCCAAAUGGGCUUGGCCCGUUCUGCACCCAACCUGAGACCCAGGUGCACCCACCCACCCUAAGCGAGCUUGGGACUCUGCUAUCAAAUCAAAGCCAUGCUCUGCAACAUCUGGAAGAAGUGCAAUGCUGAAGUCUUCUGCGGUCGUCUCAGGACUCGGAUAAGUGGGUUCGCCGCCGCCCGCCGGGAUGCAGAAGACCUACCACUCUGGGCUAACCGAGAAAGAAGACGAGAGAACAAAAAUGGCCUGGGGUGCUGCAUUCGCGAAUCCUGGAUAUGCAACUUUCAUCCGCUUUGUAGCAAAGUUCAAGAUCAUUUAGCAUAUGACAUGCACGGUAACCUACAUAAAUCUGACGAUGAAGACUGUGUGAACAGACUCGACCACAAUAUACU